UGGAAUGGAAAUGGUUGAUUGACUGAGUGAAUUUGAAUGAUUGAAUGAUUGAAUGAUUGAACGAUUGAACGAUUGACAGAACGGAUGGGCCCCCAAGAAGAUGAUGCGGGGUAACUUGGACGACAAUCCCCAACCCUUCCUUCCUUCCUUCCAUCCAUCCAUCCAUCCAUCCAUCCAUCUUUCCUUUUCUCAUCGGAUCCUUCUCUGUUCACCCCUCAACAAUAGUAUUCUCCAUCAUAACAACGAGCGAAGGAUGGAUAGCUUACCCGCUUACUACACCCGAAUCAUCCCAUGAUACUUGCACAUGCACAAUCUCAUCAUCGUUGCUCCAUUCCAAUCCUAUUCUUUCCUGAGCGUGAGGAUCCAUGCACGAUCGCCUUGUGGUCGGUAAGAGGUCUUUGUUUCAAUCGAGAGUUCCUUGGCCUGUUGUUCCUUUCCUUAUGCUUCUGCAUUUUUUUUCUUUCCCUGCCUCUUUCUUUUUUGCUUUUUCGUCUUCCAUCCCAGGUAUCGAUUACCUAUGGGGUCGUAGUCAGAACUCCAUCGUCUAGUCUCUAUCAACUCAUUCGCCCGCGAUCCACAGACACCGCUGUAACUUAUGUAUGGUAUACUACCUACGCCCACUCAUUCGUCCACUGUAAGAGGUUCAUCUUAUGUAAAACGGCUCUCGAUACUCAAUAUGAUUGAGUCAUCGUCAUCAUCAUCAUCAUCAUCAUCACCACCAUCCACAACAACCAUAUCGCAUCCAUGCCUCCAGCAACCAACUCCCGAUGAUCUUUCUA